AUGACGAGCACUUUCAUCACUCCACCUUGCUCUUGGUUACCAAAUGCCAAUGCUUAUGUAAAUAAAAUUGAUAAAAUAUUCUAUCAACAUUGGAAAAUUUUGAAUACUGAACGACAAAAAUCUAUUGAUAGUAUAAAUCAAUGGCAUCAUGAUUGGAAUGAACGAAUCGAAAAGCACGCGGAAAAACAAAAAGUUCUUAUUAUCAAUGAAUACGAUCGUCUAAGACCCGUUUUUGAUGAAAAAUACAAAGAAACCGUUGAAAUAGCCAAUACGUACCAUCAUGCACAACAUGGAGAACUUUUUAAAGAGUUAGGCGAUGCAUGUCAAUCGUUAAAGUUUCAAGUUGCAAUAUUGCAAUUUGUUCAACGUGAAGUGGAGUAUCCACAAGUGGUCACCAUAGAAGAUCAAGAAGAAAUGCAACGAUUAGAAAAGAUGGAUCUGAAUGCACGAAACGAUCACAGACGUCGACGACGGCUUGCCAAGAAUGAAGCUAAGAAAACAGAAAAUAAAGAUGAUUCUAAAGCGAGUUUAUCACAUAACUCAACAACUUCGAAUUCAAAUCAAAUAAAUAAUCGACACACAUUUGAGAUGCAAGAUAAAGAAGAAGAUAAACAACCAACCCACAGUGAUUUCACUUCAAAUAACAAACUAAACAAGGAUGAUAAUUCUAAUGAAAAAUGUCCUAUAUGUUUUAUGUUAUUUUCAACAAACAUGAAUCGUCAUGAUCGGAAUCAACACGUCAAUGAGCAUAUGACAGAUGAUCAAAAUCAGUUACUUUAA